AAUAAUAACAAAAAUGGAAGAAGCUAUUGAUUUUUCCCCCUCUCAAAAUGAAACUUUUGCGAGCAUCCUAGGGUUCGCCCAGGAUAGAGACCAGGCUGGAGAAUAUACUGAUUAUAAUGGAGAAGAACUCUUCUCAACACCGAUAAGACAUAUGAAUAUUGGAGAUGAAGACUCUGAUGAUGAUAUUCCUGUUAACCUUGGUACUUCUUGUAUCAACCUUAACGGGGAUCAUAACCUUCCUAACAUGUCUCAGAGGGACCUUCUUGGCGAGCUUAACAUCUUACGCCCAAGAAAUGCCCAGGGACAAUUCAAGAGUCAUAUGGAUUGUCAAAUGAGAGAUGACCAAGACGAAUCAGAAUUUGGAAAGAAUUUCCAAUUAUCUGCUCCAGCAGGAGGAGCUCACACUGGGUAUGAUGAGGCUUACAAGAUUAUUUGCUCAGAUGCGAUUCCUACUCGAAUUCCAGGCCAGAACUGGAUACAAGAGGAACAGCCACAAAUGAAUGAGGUGAUGACUGGAGACAGAGAUUUGGUUGAUAUUUAUAGCCAGGACUGGAGAUCUCCAGAAAAUAUCUCAGUGGUGAAGAUUGAGGAAAAGGCAGCCACAGCUGCUGAUCGUUUCCUUGAUACUGCCAGGCAACAGACUGGCUUAUCAACAAUGAGAGACGAUCAUCUGGAUGGCCCAGUUUUCUCAAACUUCACCUCUGAAGAGGACGAAGUCGGUCAAUAUGUUGACUACAGCGUUUCCUCAGAUGAGUUUGAGUGUGAUGGAAAUUGUUAUACUUCACUCACAGACAACUCAAGAGAGUAAGCUAGUUGCUAUCUCUCGUAUCAUCCAUUCAAACUCUGUCCUCUCGAUCGGAAGCCUUUUAUGCGAAAGUUUCUCUGAAACAUGAAUUGAGGGGCUUCCAAGAUCGGUUUGAUGGUUGCAGAAAGAGUGGAAUGAUGCACCUCAACCAAUCAUUCAUUUACAAGUU